AUGCCAAUUGCAAAUUUUGAGACCUAUAAUAUAAUAUCAAAUAGGUUGAUACAAGAAGAAUUGGCAUGUGAUUGUCUUGCUCAGGAGAAAGAGAAUCAGGAAUUGGUAUGCCAAUUAACAGAAAAGCAAAAGGUAAUAUAUGAUGAGGUGUUAAGAGAUAUUGAAGGCAAAGCUAGGGGGUUAUUCUUCGUUUAUGGUUAUGGAGGUACUGGCGGCAAGACUGCACAUUUUCGGUUCGUCAUACCUAUAUCUGUCAAUGAAGAUUCCACUUGCAACAUAAGUCAGGGCACCCCAUUGGCUGAGCUUACUAUGCAAAGCAAGUUGAUCAUAUGGGAUGAAGCUCCAAUGAUGCACAAAUUUUGUUUUGAAGCCCUAGACAGAAUUAUGAUGGAUUUUUUGCGCUCUAAAAAUCCAAAUAGUUAUGAUAUGACAUUUGGUGGUAAAACGAUUAUUUUUUGUGGCGAUUUUAGGAAAAUUCUUCCAAAUCUACGCCUAAGAAGUGUACAAUCACCGAUUGAGGCUAAACAAAUUGAAGAGUUUGAAAACUGGAUAGCUAAUAUAGGUAACGGUACACUUGGUAAUUCAAGGGAUAGUGAAGCAGAUUUUACAAUUCCAGAUCUAUUUUUGCUCAGGUCUGAUGAUGAUCUUAUUGCUACAAUUGUUGAUAACACCAUCCCUAGCUCUGGACGUGGUAAUGAGGAUCUGUCAUAUCUUAAGGAUAGUGCUAUAUUGGCUCCAACAUUGGAUGUGGUAGAUAACAUUAACAAAUACAUGAAUGAUCGUAAUCCAGCUGAAGGUAGGACUUACUUGAAUUGUGAUUCAGUUUGUAAGUCAGAUUCAAAUGCUGAUAUGUUAGCGGAUUUGCACACUCCUGAAUUCUUGAAUGGUCUGCGAUGUUCUGGAGUACCUAAUCAUGCUUUUACUUUGAAAGUUGGGUCACCGGUUAUGCUCUUGAGAAAUAUUGAUCACACUCUUGGCUUAUGCAACGAUACAAGAUUAAUUGUAACAAGGUUAGCUGAUCACAUGUUGGAAGCUCAGAUCAUGUGCGGUACAAGAUUGCUUUUCAAAUUCCAGAAUGUCACUUACCCCGUCAGAUCCAAGAUUGCCUUUCAAAUUCCAACGAAAGCAAUUUCCUUUGAUGCUAUCCUAUGCCAUGACAAUAAACAAAAGCCAAUGACAAACUCUUUCAAAAGUGGGAUUGUUUUUAAAAAGACCCGUCUUUAA